CCCUCGACUUGUUUUCCAUCCGUCACCCCCCUCUCUCUCUCUCUCACUGUCUCCCCCAACCUUCAUGUCAGCCCCCUUCUCCUUGACCGAAAACCCAGCCCCUUUCUACUUCUGGAGGUGUCGGCGAUGGCAUUCAAGCAGGUCUUCUGCGCCCUGCGAGAGGUCUUCCCGCAGGUUGAUCUUCGAAUAUUGAAGGCUGUAGCCAGUCAGUAUUCGUCUGAUGUCGAUGCAGCUGUUGGAUUUGUUCUUUCCGAUGUCAUUCCAGCAGUAAGCGAACCUACCGAAACAGUUUUUACACUCCAAGAUGUUGAGUAUGCAGAACACGACCAUGCUGACUCCAGGAAGUCUAACUUACAUUCUGGAGGGACAACAUUGGUGGAUCUAGGAACUAAAGAGGAUGCCAGUGGCCUAUUCGGAACUUCAGCUGUGAGUAGUGGCACUUUUUGUGAAUGUAAUCCAUUUUCGGAUUAUGAUGGCCCAUUCCACAGUAACAACAAGAUAGAAAAAUGUUCCCAGGUCGAGGAUAAGGUGGUGAUAAAUGAAACAAGAAUUCCUACAACAGUGAUGAACAGCCUUCUUCAGGAGCAUUAUGCUCUGGUUGGAUUGUCAUCGACAUCUGCAACGGAGCCACAUAUGAUAGAGUAUGAGCAGUCUGAUUCAGGAGGAUGUAAUGAUCAUUGUGCAGCUGAAAAAGAUGAAGUAACUCCAGAGACUGAAAUAGGCAACCACAAGCAUUCCAAUGAUAAUUAUGAGCUAUCAGAUUUGCUUGCCUCUUCUGGGAAUAUGUUGCCAUUAUUUAUUGAGAGCCCUUCAGAUUGUGCAGUGAAACAUGGAGGGCAAGUGGCUCUGAAACUCUCUGAUGAGGUAACUAGACAUGAUUUCGCCAAGUCAGAAGAUAACUGUUACUUGGAAACCUUACUUGUGAAUUUUCACUCAAAGGAAGACAAACAAACAUCAAAGAACUUGCCAAUUGCUCUAACUGUCCAUACGCUCUCCAACCCAAAGGAUAAUAAUGACUUACAAAUUCUGUUUGAAAACAAAGAUAAUGCUGUAGAAGAGUUGGGUGCACUCUGCACUGCCGAAAAUACCCCUGAACUCCACAAGUCAGCAAAUGAUGGCAACUUAUACAAUUUAUUUGGCGAUCUAUGCACAGCUGACGAGACAACAAAAGUACCUUUGAAUUCUACUGAGGAGGAAAAUGAGCAGUCUUUGUACAAGCUAUAUGAUCAACACAAGCUAUUUGACUUAUUUGCCUCAUCCAAAAUCGUCGAUAAUUCAUUACAAGCCUUUCAAGAAAAGGGUGAUUCUGAGACAGUUCAUAAUGAGGAGCUAUCUUCAAUACAUCUCAAUAAUCGUGGAACUUUUACUAGUACGUGCAAUUUCGAUGGUGAUAAGCACUACUCCUUAUGCCCAAUGGUUGAGCUUGAUGCAGAUCAGCCUAACGAAGGAUGGAUGAUGCCUGGUGCAGAUAAAAGUGAGGGAUUUCUCGAUAACUCCACUCAGCCAUUUCAUAUCACUGAAAUAAACAAGAAUAUUUCUGAUAUCACUAAAAGCAAGGAAUUAUUGAGCUGUUUGUAUGAAUCAACAAUCAUGAAAAUGAAAGAGGUUGAGCUUCAGGAGGAAAAGUCUCGACUAGCAAAACAAAAUGCUGACAAGGCACAUCAAAAUUUUCUUGCCAUGGCAGAGCACUUUAAUCAGCUCAUUGAGAAUUCCAAAGAGUCAAAUGAUAAGCAAGCUCAAGUAGUGUGUGAAGAAAAUUGUUCGUUGGUGGCUCUCACUCAGAACCUUCAGUCUAAGCUUACCAAAUUGGCUGCUCAAAGAAACGAAGCGCUUGCAGCUGUUCAGGAGAUUAAAUUUCAACUAGAUGCACGUCUAGCAACUUCGAUGGAGGAAGAGGCUACAGCAAGGGAGCAAAUUAUUCAAGAAGAUAAAUUAGCUCUAUUGGUACGUAAAGAGAAGGAAGCUACAAUGGGGAGCAUAAUGGAGGAGUCAAGAAAGCUCCAAAAGGAAGCCGAAGAGAACAUUUUGCUGAGAGAACAAUUGUUGGACCGGGGUCACAUCAUUGAUAUCAUGCAAGGAGAAAUAUCAAGCAUCCACGCCCGUGUAAGCAAGCUUAAAUCAGCCUUGGUGACAACUAGCAGCUCAGCUAAUUCUUCCCACAAGGAUGACUGCAAGAGCGCGUCAGUUGACAUAGACCGUCCUUUGGGGGGCGAUGAGAACAGAGAUGAUCAGGACCAUACCACAUCUUCUGAUGACGACGAAUGGGAAGUGCUAGAAGCAAAUUAAGCCUGGAGUGGUUCUGUUCACUGUUCAAAUAUUUCUUGGUCAAUAAGAGGGCAGCAUCUUGGCUCACCCAAAAUUUAUGUGCCAAGCAGCAGAAUGUACAUCCCCAAUCUCUGCUACUGUUGGAAGACUGAACCUCCAAACUAUGCAGGUGUUUGGAUCUCGUGCUUUGUAAAUAUACAGAUAUGCAGGUGUUUGGAUCUCGUGCUUUGUAAAUAUACAUAUAUGGAGAUGGACAUAUAUCAGUAUCAAACUUGGUUGGUCUAUCUGUCAUGUAAAUAAACAUGAAAUUAUGUGCCUAUGUUUGUACAGAAUCAAGUGUAUACAUCAUA